AUGGCAGAAGCCAGAAUUUCGGUGGAUCAGGAUGAGUUCUUGUGUCCAGUGUGUCUGGAUCUCCUGAAGGAUCCAGUGACCAUCCAGUGUGGACACAGUUACUGUAAGAGCUGUAUUACAGACUGCUGGGAUCAGGAGGAUGAGAAGAGAGUCUACAGCUGCCCUCAGUGCAGACAGACCUUCAGGCCAAGACCUAUUUUAGGUAAAAACACCAUCUUGGCUGAAAUGGUGGAGAAACUGAAGAAGACUAAACUUCAAAGUGUGGUUCCUGCUGGAGCUGGAGAUGUUCAGUGUGACGUCUGUACUGGAAGAAAACACAAAGCUGUCAAGUCCUGUCUGGUGUGUCUGAACUCUUACUGUCAGAAUCACCUCGAACAACAUGAGAGUUUGUUUAAAGGAAAGAGACACAAUCUGACUGAAGCCACUGGACGACUGCAGGAGAUGAUCUGCCAGAAACAUGAGAAGCUCCUCGAGGUUUUCUGUCGCACUGAUCAGAAAUGUAUAUGUGUGCUGUGUACGAUGGAUGGACAUAAAAACCACGACACUGUAUCAGCUGCAGCACAGAGGACAGAGAAACAGAAGCAGCUGAAGGAGACGCAGAAGACGUUCCAGCAGAGAAUCCAGCAGAGAGAGAAAGAUCUCCAGCAGCUGAGAGAGGCUGUGGAGUCUCAGAAGCGCUCUGCACAGACAGCAGUGGAGGACAGCGAGAGGAUCUUUACUGAGCUCAUCCGCUCCAUCGAGAGAAGCCGCUCUGAGCUGAUACGGCUGAUCAGAGAUCAGGAAAAGCAAGCAGUGAGUCGAGCUGAAGGACGACUGGAGCGACUGGAGCAGGAGAUCAAUGAUCUGAGGAGGAGAGACGCUGAGCUGGAGCAGCUUUCACACACACAGGAUCACAUCCAGUUCCUGCAGAGUUUCCAGUCUCUCUCAGCUCCUCCUGAAUCUACAGACGUAAAUGAUGAUCUCUUCAGUUCUCUCGUCUCUUCUGAUGAUCUGAGAGAAUCUGUUCAUCAGCUGAGAGACAAACUGGAGGAUUUCUGCAAAGAGGAGCUCAAGAAGAUCUCAGACAGAGAAACAUUCACCAACAUUGUUCCCAGGACCAGGAACCACUUCCUACAAUAUUCCCAUCAGCUCACUCUGGAUCUGAACACAGUGAAUAAAUACCUCCGUCUGUCUGAGAGAAACAGAGUGGUUACUUACACUGACACAGAUCAGCCGUAUCCUCAUCAUCCAGACAGAUUUGAUGUGUAUCAUCAGGUGUUGUGUAGAGAUAGUGUGUGUGGACGCUGUUACUGGGAGCUGGAGUGGAGUGGGAAUAAUGUGUAUGUAUCAGUGUCAUAUAAGAGAAUCAGCAGGAAGGGAGGAGGUGAUGAGUGUUUGUUUGGAUAUAAUGAUCAGUCCUGGAGUUUGUUCUGCUCUCCCUCCAGAUGCUCAUUCAGUCACAAUAACAUACAGACUGUUCUCUCUGUGGAGUCCGUCAGCAGUAGAAUAGGAGUGUUUGUGGAUCACGGAGCAAGAACUCUGUCCUUCUACAGCGUCUCUGACACAAUGAGCCUCAUCCACACAGUCCAGACCACAUUCACUCAGCCGCUCUAUCCUGGGUUUGGGGUUGGUUAUCAAUCAUCAGUGAAACUGUGUUGAUGAAUCAGAAUAGACUGAUGAGAGAUUCUACCCAUAAUGCUUUGAGCUGCAUAAGAAGUCAGUAACAGUGAGAGGUUAUAGAGUCUCUUCUUUUCUCUUCAUAACAUUAAUACUGCAGCUGAACUUCUGUCAGUGAAAUAACAUGAAUCAGAAUAAAUGUAAUAAAUCCCCAUAUAGACAGUAAGAUCAGUCCUGCCGAGUGACGAUGUGUAUCUGUGUUUUUCUUAGCCUCUGUUUGUGUUGCCUGGCCAGUAGUCCCCACAAGGAAAAAAUAUUAAACAUAAAUGAUGUUUAUCUGAAAAAAUGCAAAAAUGUUUUCUGUGAGGGGUAGAUUUCGGUUUGUGCAACGGCUCCCAAUUCUGGUCGUAGAGAACCCCAAACACAUACAUUGUAGAUGUCUCCCUAAUCAAACACACCUGCUUUCACUCAUCUACUCAUCUGUUCAUCAUGUGUGUGUCAGAUACAGGGCCGGCCCUGGCAAUUUGCUGCCCUAGGCAAGAUUCUACCUGAUGCCCCUUGCCUCACUGCCCAUUCCACCAAUAAUCAUUGUGUUCAAACAUUCACACAGAAACUGCAUAGCUAGAUAUACAGGUGCAUGUCAAUAAAUUAGAAUGUUGUGGAAAAGUUCAAUUAUUUCAGUAAUUCAACUCAAAUUGUGAAACUCGUGUAUUAAAUAAAUUCAAUACACACAGACAGAAGUAGUUUAAGUCUUUGGUUCUUUUAAUUGUGAUGAUUUCGGCUCACAUUUAACAAAAACCCAACAAUUCACUAUCUCAACAAAUUAGAAUACUUCAGAAGACCAAUAAAAAAAAACAUUUUUAGUGAACUGUUGGCCUUCUGGAAAGUAUGUUCAUUUACUGUAUAUGUACUCAAUACUUGGUAGGGGCUCCUUUUGCUUUAAUUACUGCCUCAAUUCGGCGUGGCAUGGAGGUGAUCAGUUUGUGGCACUGCUGAGGUGGUAUGGAAGCCCAGAUUUCUUUGACAGUGGCCUUCAGCUCAUCUGCAUUUUUUGGUCUCUUGUUUCUAAUUUUCCUCUUGACAAUAGAUUCUCUAUGGGGUUCAGGUCUGGUGAGUUUGCUGGCCAGUCAAGCACACCAACACCAUGGUCAUUUAACCAACUUUUGGUGCUUUUGGCAGUGUGGGCAGGUGCCAAAUCCUGCUGGAAAAUGAAAUCAGCAUCUUUAAAAAGCUGGUCAGCAGAAGGAAGCAUGAAGUGCUCCAAAAUUUCUUGAUAAACGGGUGCAGUGACUUUGGUUUUCAAAAAACACAAUGGACCAACACCAGCAGAUGACAUUGCACCCCAAAUCAUCACAGACUGUGGAAACUUAACACUGGACUUCAAGCAACUUGGGCUAUGAGCUUCUCCACCCUUCCUCCAGACUCUAGGACCUUGGUUUCCAAAUGAAAUACAAAACUUGCUCUCAUCUGAAAAGAGGACUUUGGACCACUGGGCAACAGUCCAGUUCUUCUUCUCCUUAGCCCAGGUAAGACGCCUCUGACGUUGUCUGUGGUUCAGGAGUGGCUUAACAAGAGGAACACAACAACUGUAGCCAAAUUCCUCGACACGUCUGUGUGUGGUGGCUCUUGAUGCCUUGACCCCAGCCUCAGUCCAUUCCUUGUGAAUUUCACCCAAAUUCUUGAAUCUAUUUUGCUUGACAAUCCUCAUAAGGCUGCGGUUCUCUCGGUUGGUUGUGCAUCUUUUUCUUCCACACUUUUUCCUUCCACUCAACUUUCUGUUAACAUGCUUGGAUACAGCACUCUGUGAACAGCCAGCUUCUUUGGCAAUGAAUGUUUGUGGCUUUCCCUCCUUGUGAAGGGUGUCACCCAGGUGAAAAAGAAAUAUAUUUAAAUUGUGCUUUUUCAUAAACACUUAAUAUAUUUAUAUUAUACUAUAUUAAGUGCAUAUUAAAUGUAUUAUUUUGAAACAACUUUAAGUAUAUUAAGUGUAUUUCAAGAUAUGUUUAAGUUCAAUUUUAAUCUAUUUGUAAUAUAUUUAAUAUAUUGAAAUUGUGUUAAAUUGGAACCACUUUAAGUGUAUUUAGUGCAAUUUAAGUGUAUUUCUUAAAAUACAUUUAAAAUGUACUUUUAAUACUUCAUGAACUAAAGGUAGAAUAUAUUUGAAGCAUCGUUUUAAUGUGAUUCAGGUACAUUUCAAUUGUAUUUCAGCUCAUUAGAAAUGCAUUAGCAUUACACUACUAGUAUAUUAUAUUAUAUUUAUUGGUAUUAUAUUUUUCAGUAUAUACACACACGUACACUUUGAUAUCUAGAAAACUUUAAUGUAUUAUAUAUUACAUUACAAAUAUUCAUAAAGUACAUUAAAAAAGUAUAGCAGCAUAUAUACUUUAGUGAAAAACAAAAAACAUACUAUUAAAUGUAUUAAAAAUGUACUUGAAAUACAAGUAUGUUUAUAGUAUAUUUGUAUUACUACAAACAUACACAAGUACAUUUUAAAACAUUAUACAAAAAACAUUAUAAUAAAUGAAAAAAAAAAAAGACAAAUGCUAUGGAAAAGCUAUCUUAUCCGUUUGUAGAACAUUUCAGUUAUACCUGUAUUACUGAAAAGUAAAGAAUUCUACAUCAAUGAAUAAAUAAAAAUUACAAUGCAAUUUUCUGAAGAAAAAAAAAACAAAAAUUUACAGAAAAACAAAGUGCAGAAGUGAAUGUGUGUGCAAAGACUGAAGAUGAUAAAGUUCAAGCAACAGAAUAGGGAGGGAUGGAGGGGUUUUGGAGGUGGAUGAGGAGGUGGUGUAGGGAUGGUGAGAGGCAAAGGUGCGGGAUGAUGGCAGGAUGUGGUGAAGGGAUGGUGAUGGGAGGAUGACGAUGAUGCCCUGGCGGCUUAGAUGGAGUUUGGCACAUGGCACAGACCCAGAGCAUCCCAGUGCUGACAACACACGGCGGAGUCGAGGGAGCGAGGAGCCAAGAUGUAGAUGGUGUGGCUGACGACAUCUGGGGGCCGACCGAUGGAGACAGAGCUGGUGGAUCUGAAGCCGGAUAUUAAGGGCCGAUGGAGCUGAGCGUCGUCGCAGGUUCCGGAGACCUGGGCACAGCCUAGUCGUCCUGGCAUACAAUAUUUUGCACAAGUGCCUUGCAGCUUUAGAAAAAAACAAAACAGAAACAAAAUUAGAUAACGGAUUUUUACAUGAAUGACUGAAAGGAAGCACAAAUUAGCCACCUGGAAUGGACACAUUGCUAACAUUUUUCUUCCAAGAUUGACCAAAUCACCCUCCAUUAGGCCUGAUUCAAAAAUCUCUAUAACAGAGGUGAUACGAUAUUAAAAUAUACUUACUAUUCCUUUGCAUGUCUCUGCACUCAGAUUUCAGUUUGUCUUCUAUAGCAGCUGAUCUAAUAAAACAACAAAUGUUAAUAUUUCUUACACGCACACACACAAAAAAGGCAAAUGAUGAUUGAUGAUUUGUUUUCUAUUUAAGAAUGACAGAACAAUGUACCUGGUCGGAAAUAUAGUCAAAAACCUUCCCAGCCUCAGCAGUUUCAGAUGUACUGUAUGCUUUUAUAAGCAAACCUUCUUACAAUUUAAUCUUUGUUCUUAUCUGUAAUGAGAAAUAUAUAUUAGAAAAUAAUGUUGAUAAGGUUGACAAGCUUGAAAAAAUAUAGACACCAAUCAACCAACACUACCACAGUUGGGUGAUCAGCUCAAGACAAAGUAACUGUAUGUUCAUAACCAUGGUUUUUCAAAGAUCAUUAACCUCAUUACAAUGAAGCCAAAUUGUUCAGGAAAUCAGAAAUAAAUACACUUCAUGUUGCAAAUAAAAACUGUUAAUGUUGUACAUGUUAUAAUGACUCAUUUUAUUUAUUUAUUUAUUUUUUUUCUGCCAAUGCAUGUGUCAAAAACACUACUG